AUGGGUUCUACCACACCCCUCACUCCAGAGACAUCUCAUCUCGAAGGCGUAAACUACCUCUUCGGCCACCCAAUCGCCCAUUCCCUCUCUCCUCUCCUCCACCAAACAGUCUACGAUAACCUUGGACUCAAAUGGUCCCAAAUCCCACUCGACUCAACAGACGUACCCAAUUUCCUCCGCCUGACCAAAGACCCGAAGUUCUACGGCGCUUCUGUCACGAUGCCUCACAAAGUGGCCAUCAUCCCCCACCUGGACGAAAUCACGCAAGAAGGCAAAGACAUCGGAGCAUGCAAUACCAUCUUCUUCAAGGAAGUGGACGGAAAGCGAGUCAUGUGCGGCACCAACACCGACUGUUUUGGAGUCCGAGACGCCUUUCUCCAGAACCUUCCCGCGGGAGCGGGCAGAGACUUGUACCGUGGACGGCCCGGCCUCGUUAUCGGAGGUGGAGGUGCUUGUCGUUCGGCUGUGUACGCGUUGCACAAGUGGCUUGGGUGUAGCCAGAUCUACGUCGUCAACAGAGACGUCUCCGAGGUCCAAGCGGUGCUUUCCGAUUGCAAGAGAGCGGGAUUCGGGGACUCCUUGGUCCACGUCAAGACGGUUGAGCAGGCGCAGGCGCUUGCUGCUCCCGGGGCGAUCGUGGCGUGCAUCCCGAACUUUCCACCCAAGACGCCGGAGGAGAUUGAGGCGAGGAGUGUCAUCGAGACCUUCCUCGGGAAGGAGGAGAAGGGUGCGAUUCUCGAGAUGUGCUAUCAUCCUACGCCUUUCACGGAGAUUGCCGAGGUCAGCAAGAAUCUGGGAUGGCAGGUCAUCUUGGGGACGGAGGCGAUGAUCUACCAGGGAUUAGAGCAGGAUAGACUGUGGACUGGGAAGGGGCUGGCGGAUUUGCCGACUAAACAGGUCCACGCAGCAAUUGCAGCGGCCUUGGUAGCUCACCAAAAGCACUGA